AUGCCGCCAAAAAGACAGGAUGCCGCAAACGAACAACGUGACGCAAUCUUCCACGACCGAUUUCAACAAAUCGACGGCCAGUUUGUGCAAUUGGAAGAGCGUUUCAUGGAGAGGUUUGAGGGUCUUUCUUCCGGUAUCGUAGAUUUGCGUUUGGCGCUCAACAACGUGGUGGGGCGAUCGCCACAACUGCCGUCCGGCGAAGAAGACGACGAGGACACCAUAUCCGUGGUUAACCCGUUCUCGGGGUUGCACCAUCACCAGGACGAGGAUGGCGGCUUCGACGGACAAGGUGGCCGUGGCUGGGAGUGCGGAGGCCAUAACGUGGUCGGGCGACAAUCAACGGGGAGGAGCCUUGGGCUUCGACCGAGACGCACCGGGGAGGGUGGUUCGACCGCGACGGUGCUGGCUUUGAUGGCGGCGAUCUCCAUCGUCGCGGCGGGGGCUAUGGGCGCGUUGGACGAGGGAUCCACGCCAGCGGACAACAGCGGCGGGGAUAGGCCGAUUCGGAGGAUGAGGCGCGGCAGCAUGAGUUUGGUCGGGCGAACAUUGCCCAAUUCCGACCAAAUUUUCACCGCCCGGUGGAUGAAGCCAGCGACUCGCGAUGGGAGCAGAGUUUCCGGGUCGAGAUUCCUGAAUUUUCGGGCGGACUUGACGCAACUGAAUUUCUUGACUAGUGGGCGGCAGUUGAGUCCGUGCUCGAUUUUAAGGAUGUGUUGGAGGAUAGACGUGUGGGGCUCGCGUUCGGUUGAUGAGUAUACGGAAGAAUUUUAUUUAUUGUUGACCUGUGUUGAUGUGCGUGAGAUGUCGGAACAGUUGCUGUCGCGCUAUGUGGGUGGUCUACGUGGUCCAAUCCAGGACAUGCUCAAUCUUUUCGUGCCCGAUUCGGUUUCUGAUGCGCAUCAACGGGCUUUGUUGGUUGAGCACCAGCAGGCUCAAAAAACGGGCUCGUCUUGGCCGCCAUUGGUGAAAGGGAUUACGGGGAAUGGGGCUUCGACACCAGCUACAUCGACUGUUCAGCAAGGUGUCGGCACGACUUCGGGGGGACGUGAGGUUGGCCCCUCGUCUGGGGGCAACAGUCGGCUACCUGGCGCGCUUCGCUUCUUUGCCUGCGGCGAACCGGGACAUCGUCAGGCACAGUGCACUAAGGCAAAAGAGGCGCGGGGUUUGUUGAUUGAGGAGCUUGAGACGAGCGGUUAUGAUGGCCCUCCUAUUUUCGAUAAGGAGCCGGAGGUGCCCGUGGUGCAUGUCUCGGGUGAAGUCGGUACGACAUUGGUCCUUCGUCGGUCGCUAUUGUCUCCCCACGUAGCUACCGAAGAUGAGGGCUUGAGACGCCGACUGUCUGAAUCCACGUGCAUCAUUAACGAUCGAGUGUGUCGUUUUGUGAUUGAUUCUGGCGCCAGCGACAAUGUGAUCUCAAAUGAGGCAGUGACGAAGCUUGGUUUGUUGAGUGAGCCACAUCCAGAUCCAUAUUCUCUUGCGUGGAUACAACGGGCAAAUGCUGCCACUGUCACUCGUCGAGUAUUGGUGUCUUUUUCUCUUGGGACGGUUUAUGAGGACAAGGUUUGGUGUGAUAUCGUGCCUAUGGAUGACUGA